AGUAGUCGAACACGACACCUCCCUAUUUAAAAUCCCAACAAACCUGGGUGUGGUAUUGGUCUGAAUUGUUCCCCAUAGAAGCGAGAGAGAGAGAGAGAGAUUGUGAAUCAUAGCAGAGAGACAUAUGAUGGGUAGCGAUGCAAAGGGAAGAACAGUCAUGGAGGUGGGAGCUGAUGGCGUGGCUCUCAUAACCAUCAUCUACCCUCCUGUUAAUGCCCUCUCAUUUGAUGUGCUGCGCAGCUUAAAAGACAAUUAUGAUCAGGCCUUACGAAGAGAUGACGUGAAAGCAAUCGUUGUUACAGGUGCAAAGGGCAGGUUUUCUGGUGGCUUUGAUAUCUCAGCUUUUGAAGAAACUCGAAAAGGAACGACGAGGAGAGAACAAAAGCCUGGCUAUGUAUCUAUAGAGAUCAUGACUGACACUUUAGAAGCUGCGAGAAAGCCUUCAGUUGCUGCCAUUGACGGCCUUGCCUUAGGUGGAGGAUUAGAGGUUGCAAUGGCAUGUCAUGCUAGAAUAUCAACUCCCACUGCACAAUUAGGGUUGCCUGAACUUCAGCUUGGAGUAAUUCCUGGAUUUGGAGGGACACAGCGGCUUCCACGUCUUGUUGGUCUCUCAAAGGCACUUGAAAUGUUGCUGAUGUCCAAGCCAGUCAAAGGGGAGGAAGCUUAUACUUUGGGCCUUGUGGAUGCCAUUGUUUCACCUGAUGAGUUGGUAAAUACUGCACGUCAGUGGGCCCUGGAUAUCUUGGACCGUAGAAGACCAUGGGUUGCUAGUCUUUACAAGACCGACAAGAUAGAGCCCCUUGGGGAAGCAAGGGAAAUUCUCCAGUUUGCAAGAGCUCAAGCCCGGAAACAGGCUCCCAAUCUUCAGCACCCAUUGGUUUGCAUUGAUGUCAUUGAAGAGGGUAUAGCUUCCGGUCCCCGGGCUGGACUCUGGAAGGAGGCGGAAGCUUUCCAAGGACUUCUGGGUUCUGACACUAACAAAAGUUUGGUCCACAUCUUCUUCGCUCAGCGUGGAACGACGAAGGUACCUGGGGUUACUGAUAUUGGAUUAGUGCCAAGACGAGUGAAUAAGGUUGCUAUUCUUGGUGGAGGACUAAUGGGCUCUGGAAUAGCGACAGCAUUGAUUCUCAGUAAUUAUCCAGUCAUCCUGAAAGAAGUAAAUGACAAGUUCUUGCAGGCUGGGAUUGGUAGAGUCAGAGCCAAUUUGCAAAGCCGUGUGAAGAAAGGGAAAAUGACUCAAGAGAAGUUUGAGAAAACCAUAUCUCUUCUCAAGGGUGUCCUUGACUAUGAAAGCCUUAAAGAUGUGGACAUGGUGAUUGAGGCAGUUAUUGAGAAUGUUUCUUUAAAGCAACAAAUUUUUGCUGAUCUUGAAAAGUACUGCCAACCACAUUGCAUACUUGCGAGUAACACCUCCACAAUUGACUUGAACCUGAUUGGAGAGAGGACAAAAUCCCAAGAUCGGAUUGUUGGAGCUCAUUUCUUUAGUCCGGCACACAUCAUGCCACUUUUGGAAAUUGUUCGUACUAAGCAUACAUCUCCGCAAGUAAUUGUUGACUUGCUAGACGUGGGGAAAAAGAUAAGGAAAACUCCAGUGGUGGUGGGAAAUUGCACAGGCUUUGCUGUCAACAGGAUGUUCUUCCCUUAUACACAAGCUGCUAUUUUGCUUGUUGAAUGUGGUACAGACCUCUAUCAGAUUGAUAGGGUAAUCUCCAAAUUUGGAAUGCCGAUGGGCCCUUUCAGAUUGGCUGACCUGGUUGGUUUUGGUGUUGCAAUUGCGACUGGCAUGCAAUUUGUUCAGGAUUUUCCUGAGCGAACUUAUAAAUCAAUGCUAAUCCCACUUAUGCAAGAGGAUAAGAGAGCAGGUGAGGCUACUCGCAAAGGGUUCUAUGUGUAUGAUGAGAGACGCAAAGCUAGCCCAGAUCCUGAAUUAAAAAAGUAUAUUGAGAAGUCCAGGAGCAUUUCUGGUGUAACCAUUGACCCUAAGCUCGUGAAGUUACCAGAAAAGGACAUUUUGGAAAUGAUAUUCUUUCCUGUGGUGAACGAGGCCUGCCGAGUCCUUGCCGAAGGUAUUGUAGUCAAAGCAGCAGACCUUGACAUUGCUGCUGUCAUGGGCAUGGGUUUCCCACCUUACAGGGGAGGUAUUAUGUUCUGGGCUGAUACUCUUGGAUCCAAAUACAUUUAUUCGAGAUUGGAGGAAUGGUCAAAGAUGUAUGGAGAAUUCUUCAAGCCUUGUGCCUAUUUGGCUGAAAGAGCUGCCAAGGGGGCUCCUCUGAGUUCUCCCGUGGAGCAAGCGAAAUCUCGGUUGUAAGAUCAAUUUGCUCGUUGCAUUGGUCGCUUGAUUAAGAAUUUCCUUACAUGUUCUUCUUUUAUUAUUAUUAUUAUUUUUUUUGAUUUUUUUUUUUUUUUCCUUUCACCAACUAUAGAUAAAUGAUGCAAGAAGUUAAAUAAUGAAUGAGAUGGAAAUUUUAUGGCAAAA